UUUCUGGUUGAAAAUUGGUCAUGUUACCAUCCUUUCACUCGCAGUUUGGUAAAAUCGCACCGUCAGCGUCGAGUAAAAGGCCAAACGCAAAGUCGGAACAGAAUACGAAACGAAGAAGAGUGACUCAGGCAUGCGACGCAUGUCGAAGUAGAAAAAUCAAGUGUGUAUUCGAUGCAGCAACUAAUACAUGCGCAACAUGUAAAGCAAUAGGCACUAACUGUGUGUUUACUAAACCGGUCAAACGCCGAGGACCACCCAAGGGUCAUAUAGGAACCCUCGAACGCCGAAUCAAUCGAAUGGAAUCUUUAUUAGCCGCCGUGGAUGGCCCAUCAGCAAAUGGUAACGAGGCAGAUAACCGGAGCAUUGGGUCAUCUGGUCAGAGUAUAGACUCAUCCAGCGCUUCAACCGCAUAUAGCUCUUACGAACCAGCCGAGCAAAAAAUGCUUUCAUCCAUCACCAAUGUCGCAAGACAGAAUAAUCUUCGCACCAAAAAAAUACCCGAGGAAGAUCUUGACCUUGCUAGAUUUGAAAGCGUUCGCUUCUUGGGGGAUGUUUCUGGAAUCAAAUUCUUGAGCAAAUCACUCGGAAUUGACCGCCCUUUACAACAAUUCUUGCCCGGUCACCAGGUGGAACGACUCGGUAAAGACACCUUUUUGUGCGCUAUCGAAAAGAUGCCAAACCAAGAAAUCAGUGAAGAAAAAGACAAGUAUCAGACAAGAUCAGAAUGGACAAAGCAUUACGUUGGUCUGGAGGUCGAAGCAUGCGAUCGCUUGUUAUCACUGUAUUUUAUGAACAUACAUCCUAUUUUUCCUAUUGUCAACAAGCACACCUUUCUGGAGCGGUACAGGGGACUCUCCAAGUCGUAUCCUUCUACAAUUGUUUUCAACGCCAUGCUGGGUGCUGCCGCUCGUUACUUUGAAAUAUCAAAUGAUGACUCGUUGCUGAUAUCGACUAAUGGCCGAGCAUUAUCUGACAUACUCUUUGAUAGAGUUUUAAAGGAAGUAUUUUUGCAAAGCGUAUCAGGACCAAGCUUACCUAUGGUUCAAGCCAUCAUUCUUCUUCUCAACCAUCAUGCAAGAAUGGAUAGCAAAGGAUCCGAUUGCUACCUGUUGAUUGGUAUCGCUAUCAGGAUGGCACAAGAUCUAGGGUUACAUCAAUCCUGCGAUGAUUGGAAUAUGCCAGAUAUGGAAAAACAAACGCGAAAGCGCAUUUGGUGGAGUUUGUACAUUAUGGAUCGAUUUAACAGUGCCUUGUUCGGAAAGCCAUUGACAAUCGUAGAAGAGGAUUGCGAUGUCGAUCUGCCGAAGGAAACUGCGCCAUGGAUUGAAAUAGUAGACGGGUUUCCUGAGCGUUCAACGGAUCCCAGGAACCUUGCUACCUUCCCAUCCACUCCUGAUGCUCAGAGCCAACAACAUGAAAUGAACGAGGAGCGACCGCUUUAUCAAAUGUUUUUGCAAUUGGCGAAAUUAUCACAAAUUAUCGGUCAUAUCCUCCAAGGAUUGUACACCACGCGAGCCAAACAGCAAAGCUACAUUCAAGGAAGCGACAACAUAGUCACUCGACUGGAUCAUGAAUUGACAAUAUGGCGGUUCGGUCUUAUCAAAGUAUUGCAAGGAAACGAUAAUUCUCCCGUGUCCGAAGUGAACGUCACACCUGUUGCUGCAUCCAUCCAUUUAUGCUACUACGCUGCAUUGCUCCUACUUCAUAGACCAUUUAUAGAACAUAUCAAGCAAGGGAGACCCAAUCCACUGUCAUCCUAUUCUUCUUUCAGGAUCUGUACUUCAGCGGCUGAACGAGCCAUCGUCCUGGCAAGCAACCUAUCACCAUCGGACUUUUUGAGAUUUUCAUGGAGCUUCAAUCUUUCGUCUGUUUUCCAAAGUGGACUGAUGUGUAUAUACAACUCCAAAAAUGUUGAUGCAAGAGUAUCCACUCGAGCAAAGUCCCAUCUUGCACAAUGCCUUGCCUUGCUAAAGCGUAUCAAAUCCAUGUCAGAAAGCGCUCUGAGAAUCGAUCGUUUGAUACAUAAUAUGAUGAAACUACAAGAAGUGGAUUUGACUGGCUACCGACAACAAAUAGAAGACAUGGGCUUCGAAGAGGAGGACGAAAAGAAGAAAGCAGAGAAAACCGUUCGAAACAUGAUGCAACCCAUACCGUCUAAUGAUUUCCGAACCCGACUAAUUGAUUCGCAAUCACCGCCUGUUGCGAGACCCAUAGAAAUGCCUUCAGCCAAUAUAGAAAAGCCCUCGGUGAUGAUUGACAAUAGUUUACCUAUGGCUAUUCCAAACUUUGGCGAAGUCGGUCCUACAGCCGAAGCGUUUUCUUUGAAGCAAUUUGGACUUAGCAAAGAAAAUGAAUUCAGCUACAUGAAGGCUUUGGAUUCUAUCACUGGCGACAAAGAUAUUUGGAGUGCUGACAAUUCUGUAAAUACUACUAAUCAACAAUCUGCACAACUACAAAACCCCCCUGUGCAAUGGAUCCAACCUCAGACGACUGAAUCAGCCACAAAUACAUUGUUUCAAUCAGGUUAUCUUAUGGGUGGCAUUCCCACCAGACAAGAUCCUUACGCUCAGUCCUUUCCCACUAUUUUGACAGCGACUGUUCCAAACAACCCAGCCGUAGCAGCUGCGGAAAAUACACUGUUUAGGAACACACCAAGUAAUCCAUUCUGGUCUAUACCUGCAAGCUUUGAUUGGGAUGAAUGGAAUUCUUAUUACGAUCAGGCUGCACCGGCAGUCGAAGGAACAUCCAGUAGUGGUGUCUGGUAGAGAUUUUUUCAUCGGGGCGCUGUACAUAUCUUAUUUGUUCCAACUUUUUAUUUUACUCUGUUUCUCUCUAAAGUAUUCAUUUUUUGUUAUACCAUAUUCAUCCUAUACGCUUGCAAUAUAGCAACAAAUACUUCUGUACAGCACAUCAUCAUCUUUAUAAACUUGUCUGUCUUGAUGCAAUUUUGCUUGCCUGCCAUAACAGUCACGU